AGAAGAGGAAAAGCAGUAGUGGGAGCGUAAAGAUGGUUGCCACUGUAACUAAGCCAAGUCAGGACCGAAUGGGAAGCAUCGGGUUUUUAUAUCCAAUGUUUUAUUUCAAAAGCGUCCGUGAAUUAACAUGUUUGUUUGUUACCGUUUGUAUUUUGAUGAGCCAGUCGUUGGCAGACGACCAGGACUUUUUGGAGGAGUUUCUGAAGCGGGAAUAUUCUCUGGCAAAGCCAUACCGUGGGUUGGGCUUCUCUAGUUCUUCACAGUGGGAUCUGAUGGGCACUGCCAUGGUUACACCUGACCAUGUUAGGCUGACCCCAGACCUGCAGAGCAGACAGGGAGCAGUGUGGAGUCGAAUUCCUUUCUUCUUGCGUGAUUGGGAGCUUAAGGUUCACUUUAAAAUCCACGGUCAGGGAAAGAAGAAUUUAAACGGGGAUGGACUGGCCAUCUGGUUAACCAGAGAUCGCAUGCAGAAUGGUCCUGUGUUUGGCAACAUGAACCAGUUCAUUGGACUUGGAAUAUUUGUGGACACUUACCCCAAUGCUGACAAGACCCAUGAUAAGACGCAGCCUGGAGCUCAGAGGACUUUCCCUUAUAUAUCUGUAAUGCUGGGGAAUGGGACUCUGUCAUAUAACCAUGAUCAUGAUGGACGGACCACUGAACUUGGGGGGUGCACUGCUAUGGCGCGCAACGCAAUCUACGACACCUUCCUCCUCGUCAGACUCUCCAAAAACAGACUCACGCUCGUGGUGGAUGUGGAUGGUAAGCAGGAAUGGAAACACUGUGCUGACGUCACAGGAGUGCGGCUACCUCCAGGCUACUUCUUUGGUGCCUCCUCUGCCACUGGAGACUUAUCAGAUAACCAUGACAUAAUCUCCAUGAAGCUGUACCAGCUGACGGUAGAGAGGACUCCUGAGGAGGAGGAAGAGGAAGAAAUCACCGUACCCAGAGUUGACAACAUGGAACAGUUCCGAGUGGAAGUCGAGGAGGAAGGGAUGAGCGGAGUCCAGUUCUUUUUCACCCUCCUUUUCUCCAUCCUGGGCCUAGGUGUGCUGGCAGUGGUGGGACUGAUGGUUUACGGGCGCUGGAAGGAAAACAGACGUAAACGUUUCUAUUGAUAAGAGA